UAUUCUGGCUCCUUCUUCGCUGCUAUUUAAGCUUCGUGGGCUGCCGUGAGGCGCCGUGCGUGCCUCCCCCCCACGAUCACCAUGGUUUGCUCUCCCCUCUCUCACGCUGUUAAAACUGGUUUGAUUUAACCGUCACAGGGGCGGUAAUAACGUCAUCAUGCAGUUGUGUGUUGAUUGGUUGGGGAGUUAGCCGGGCUGGUCAUAACUAUUAGCCCAACCGUCGAGGUGGGGGUGAGCUGCUGUUACUGGCUGCGCUGGGGCUGUCGGGGCCUCGCGGGUCGGGCUGGGGGGGCAGCGGGACGGCCCCUCCGCAGCGCUGGGCGCAGCCAGCCGUUUCGAGUCGGUAACGACGCCUGAGCCAACGCUAUGUCCGGCAGGAGUAAGCCCUGGUCUAGCUGCAGCUGCCCGGAGCUGGCCGCGGGGCAGCGAGUCGGAGCGGGCGGCCCAGGUGCUGCAGCCCGGCUGCCCCAGGAGGAGUCUGAGGCGCAAGGACGGGGUCGCAGGGCUAACCCCGGCCUGGGGGACCCCGCCAUUGUCAAGUCCCCCAGUGACCCCAAGCAGUACAGGUAUCUCACAUUACAAAAUGGCUUGUGUGCACUACUGAUUUCGGAUGCAAAUAACAUGGAUAGUGUUCUUUCGGAGGAGUCUUCGGAAUGGGAGGAUAAUGAUGAGACCGAGAUUGAAACUGAUGAAGAUGAUGACUGGGGAGCAGAGAUGGAUGAGGACAAGGAAAAUUAUGAGGAUGAUGACAAUGAUGGACAUGAUGAGGAGGAUCCCAAUAAUUCUGAUGAUACGGAAAUGGAAGAACUAACAGGAAAGGAAGAAGCAAAGAAGAGAAAUGAUACAGAGAAGCUGUCUGCAGCUGCUCUUUGUGUUGCUGUCGGCAGUUUCUGUGAUCCUGAGGAUCUGCCUGGGUUGGCACAUUUUCUGGAGCACAUGGUAUUUAUGGGCAGUUUGAAGUAUCCAGAUGAGAAUGGGUUUGACGCAUUCCUGAAGAAACAUGGGGGCAGUGACAAUGCUUCAACUGACUGUGAACGGACAGUCUUCCAUUUUGAUAUCCAACAGAAAUACUUCAAAGAAGCACUUGAUAGAUGGGCACAGUUCUUCAUUCACCCACUAAUGAUUAGGGAUGCUAUUGAUCGUGAAGUUGAGGCUGUCGAUAGUGAAUAUCAACUAGCAAGGCCCUCUGAUGCAAACAGAAGGGAGCUGCUACUUGGAAGCCUUGCCAGACCUGGGCAUCCAAUGAAGAAGUUUUUCUGGGGUAAUGCAGAGACACUAAAGCAUGAGCCUAAAAAGAGUAAUACUGAUAUCUACACCAGACUGAGGGAUUUUUGGCAGCACUAUUACUCUGCUCACUAUAUGAACCUAGUUGUCCAGUCUAAAG